AGGAGCGGUCUUUACUCAUCUUUUGUGUGUCUCUCGGAACAAAUAAGUAAAAUCUCGCAUCCCUCUAACUUCACCUCAUAGCUUGCUUCACUUUUCCCUCCGGCGGCGGCGGUGGCGGCGGCUGAACUCUCUCCGACCAAUCGGCAAAGCACCGCCUCGGAUUGUUUUGUGUCACAUAACUUAGGAGCAAAGAACUCAGGAAAUGGCAACUAGGCGCAAUGUCCGCUACACAUCUCUUCCUACAGAUGAGGAUGAUGAUAUUCGUAAUCGGAAUAGACCGUUCGAUCCUCGAUUUGAUUAUACACCAAAAAGUUUGGAAAAAGUUCCCUGGAAAUCCAUUGCUCUAGCUCUCUUUCUGUUAUUCCUUGGGACAGGACUUUUGUUUCUAUCAUACUUCGUCUUCACUGGUCAUAUGGGAGGAGAUCGUUCUCAAGCUUAUGGCCUUUUAGCCCUGGGGUUUCUUAGCUUUCUCCCAGGCUUUUAUGAGACUCGACUUGCGUAUUAUGCAUGGCGAGGUGCCCAAGGAUACCGCUUUUCUGCCAUCCCUGAUUAUUAGAGCAUGACGCCUAUACCUUAUUCUGAGUCAUGAUAAAAUUUGGUUGCUGCUUGUAUGCUUCAAUGGCUUAGAUGGAAUAAAAUUGUAGAGAAAUGUAAUCAUAUAUGUUAUGUAAGUAUUGAAUGAAUUAGCAAAGUUUGGAAAUUUGUUUGAAUCGAAA